GUCAGGAGCGCUUUGGCAACAUGACUCGUGUAUACUACAAGGAAGCCGUCGGUGCUUUUGUAGUCUUCGAUAUAUCAAGAGGUUCUACAUUUAAGGCAGUGUUAAAAUGGAAAAAUGAUCUGGAUAGUAAAGUUCAUCUUCCCAAUGGCAACCCUAUUCCUGCUGUCCUCCUAGCUAACAAAUGUGACCAGAUCAGGGACAGUGGCCAUAGUCCUUCUCAGAUGGACCAAUUCUGCAAAGACCAUGGCUUUUCUGGAUGGUUUGAAACUUCUGCCAAGGAUAAUAUAAACAUAGAUGAAGCUGCCCGAUUCCUGGUGGAGAACAUUCUUGCAAACCAUAAGCACUUUCCUGCUGAAGACAACGAUGUGGACAAAAUUAAACUGGAUCAGGAGACCUCGGGAGGAGAGCGCAGAGCCCAGUGCUGCUGACAUGGCUUUUGCUUCUUGUGUACCUGCCUUGGUCUUGAGCACAUGCCGGAGGAUGGUCAGCUGUUGCGUGGACUGUGACUCCUUCACAGUCCUGUUCCACAGGGCCCCUCUGAUCACUUAAAAACACAACAAGUGGAGAAGUAGCCCCACUUGUGUUUCUGUGACUUAAGAGAUGACCCCAGGCUUUUGUUGCUGUCACCACCGCCCUAUGGAGGCCAAUGUUUACAUCCUUUAAACAUCUUUGUAAGUGACUUCCUAGUGUAGUUUUUAGUGUAAGCACUGAGGUGGUAAUAAACUUCUCCGCAGUGCUCUGAUACUGUUGAGUCUGUGGUUGUCUCCAUAGUCUGUCCUGACUCUUCAAGGGAUUUGUAGACUCUCUUAGCACAGACUCUUGAAGUUACUGUUUAAAAGGUCUGUUUUCCAUUGAAAACUUUGGUAGUUCUUGUAAACCUUUUCUUCCCUAGAUAUUGCAAGUCCACCAGGGUGGGUGUGGCAUGUGGUCACACCUCUUAAAACUAUUGGUACCCUUUCUAAUUUCUCAAAAAAAUACUCCCACCACCUCUGUAUUGUGGAUAGCUCCUUCUGGGCCCAUUUACUAUGACUCGGAAACAAUGUAAAUGAGUAUUUCUUCUCUCUCCUUGGUCCUGUCUCCUCACUCCUCGGUGUGUUUGUUUCCAACCAAAGGCCGUGUUGAUAGUAUUACUCCAGUUCUCUUCCCCUAGAGCUGGAGAGUACUUUUCUUUUUUUUUUUUUUUUUUCAGUACGGGGAAUUAAACUCACGACCUUGUGCUUGCUAGGCAGGCGCUGUGCCACUGAGCUAAAUCCCCAGCCCAGGAGAGUACUUUUCAGGAGUGCUCUUCUGAUCUGUAAUGGUAACAGUCAAAAAGAGAAUUUUUUUUCAAUGCACUUACAAUUAUAUCUGAGCUCCUAAAGUAUGACUUGUGAAAGAAAUCAGGUCAUAUGUGAUUUUGUGUAAAAACUUUGGACAUUUAUAAUGUAAUGGUUGAACAACUUCAGGCAGAUUCCACAAUGUUUGUAUCAUCAUUAAACCCAAUGAGGGAAAAAGAAUAAAUAUUUUAAGUGAAA